CUCUUCGUCCAUCAGUCGUCUGGCUUUUCGUCCGCUCCUUCGUCCAUUCCUUUAUCUAGGCCUUCCAGUCAUCUCUUCGUCCAUUCUUCGUCUGGUCUUCCGUCCACCUCUUCGUCCACCCUUUUGUCUAGACCUUCCAUCCACCUCUUCGUCCAUCCCUUCAUCCAUCCCUUCAUCUAGGCUUUUCGUCUAACCUUUCGUCCACCCCUUCGCCCGGCUUUCCGUCCACCCUUUCGUCCACCUCUUCGUGCGUGUGGAAGGCCUGCGGCGGAGCCAGCCGGGACCGGUUCUUCCUCCCCCACCUCCCUUUCGGGACCAGCAGGUGCCCGGGGGUCACCAGGAGUCACCCAGUCCCCCAACCACCCCCUACCUACCCCCGACCGGUCACCUUCCCGCGGACUCCUCCCCGCCGAGGCCGACCUCGGGGCCGUGGCCCUCGCCCGUGCCCAGUGGUUCUCGAAGCCGAAGGCCACGUGUGUCUGUCCCCAGGGAGACCACCUUGCCACCCUCCCAGAAGGUGCCAAGGAGCACCAGAGAGGACCCUCUGCCGGACAGUGGACAGACGUCCCGAGGACCAGCUCUCCAGUCGGGCACCAGACACAAAAAUGGAAUUCCUGUAUCUUCUUGGAAACUCUGAUGAGCUCAAGGAAAACUCCCAGAAAUAUCAGAAGACAAAAAAGCCCAAAAAUGUUCAUGUGGCUGGUGCGCUUAAGCAGACCGUGCCUGAGCUGUGUGAAGAAAAGGACCUUAUGAAGCCUUGUUUGGAAUACCAGGGGCUGUUGAAGAAUGUUUCAAAUAUUUCCAGUCUCAUGGCUCGCAAAAAGAACAAAAAGUUUAAAAACAAGCACUGUGGGGAUGGGUCAGAAGAUCUAGAUCCUGCUUAUUCCACCCAAUGCAGUGGAGAGAACCAGGCGUUUUCUUGUUCAUCUGCAUCUGAAAUUGGCAAGAAAACAAAGAAAGACAAAGGUCGCCGCAAAGUCUGUCCAGAACAACCAUCAGACGCGGCUUCCAGAAGUGUUUGCAGAAGCCCCCAGGCCCCUAGAAAAAGCCCCGGGGACCAGCCGAGACCUAGAGGGUCCAGUGUUGGCCGUCUCCCGAGUCCAGAGUUUGGUGAGGGGAAUGCAGGCCCUGCAGGAGGGGGUGGUUCUUCUCAGACCCUGUAUCAGCAUGGGGGCUUUGAGUCCGUUCUAGACCAAUUAGCUGGUGGGACGAUGACAGGUUUCAAGAAGCCAUGGAAACCGCACAAGGAAGCAUCUGUCCAUGGGGUGUCGGGAAUCCCCUCCCCUGAAACAGACAGCUGUCGGAGCGACACAGAUCUUCUUUUGUCUUCCGCUCCCACCGGCCCGGAAUUUCACAGUGACGGCUCGGGAGAUGAAUUGAGUGUGCGGGGCCCCAAGGCAAAGAGACUGUCUCGGAGAAGGAAAUCCAGAACCGAAGAGACUCCUGAUCGCCCUGAUCUCAGCCAAGAGGUUUUUGUAGUUCAGGAGUCUUUUGUCCCAGGGCCUGUCCCGAGGAGUCUGGACCUCUCCCAGUACUUCCCAAGUCUUCCGUCGUCCAGAGCGAGCUGUGGGAGACAGUGUGACCGAUCCAUCCCCUCUAGAGAGGUUUCACGGGAGAGACCGCCAUUGCCUUCAAACGAUGAGGAAGCCCAGAAACUUGAAGGCCUUUUUCUGAAUCAUUUUAAAACCCGAAAGAAAAAAAAGAGCCAGGUAGCAACACAGGAAAAGGCCAGUCAGACAGAGAACUUCUUUAGUUCUCCAGCCCUGUCCACCUUCUUGCUCUUUAGACAAAGAAAACAGGAGGCAGAGGAAAAGCCCUUGGAUUUGCGUGUGCCGGGAAGGAGAGAAUCACUCUCCGCGGGCAGCGCUGGGGCCUCGCCAGGGCCUAGGGAGACCACGUGCCUCCUAGAAGAUGAGCCUCCCGGUUCAGAAAUCCUCCUCGUUGGCGAGAGCAGGAAGGACACCUGCCGUCAAGCCCGGCCGCGAAGAGCCGGCAAGAGAAGAUAUGUCCAGACGCUACUUAAUUCUUCCUUUUACUUCAAGAUGAAAGGUGAGCCGGGCACUAACGUAUCCAAGGAGCCUCUGGUCAAGUCGAAGGUCAAAAUAAAAGCAAAGAGCAGUUCUAAAUGAUUUUUCGGAAGUUGUAUGGAAAGAUGUACCGCGCAGGUUUCCGAAGCACAGUUAUCCAAUUCACAUGUUUGGGUGCCAUUUAGCGUUAUCGACCGGUGGUGCUUGUGGAGCACUUUACUGGGUGCAGGGGAUUCUACUAAGCGCCUAAAAUGUGUGUGUGGUGGGGGUUUUUAUACCUUAAUAGUUUGUUUUCUUGCAAACACAAAAAGGGAAGGGAAAUGAAGCAACCCAUUUGUGAGGCUAGCAGGGAGAUUUCAGCAAAAAGAGAUACUUCAAAACAAAUAACCGUAUUUUUGUUGUUAAGUCAAGUACACAGAAUUAAAGUUACUGUUCGCUCUCCAGAAA